AUGCUAAAUAAACAUAACCCUGAGAUCAUCUUCCUCUCUGAGACUAAACAACAAUCUAGAAAUCUUAAGAAAAUCCUAGGAAAUAUAGGAGUCACUAAUUUCUGGUUUGUUGAACCAAAGGGCAAAGCCAAAACUGCUGGAGGUCUAGUUCUUGCUUGGAAAACCAUCUUAGAUAUCACAAUUGAGGAUUUCUCUGACCAUCACAUUAAUGCCACCAUUAAACCUUUGCAUGGAGAACCUUGGCUUUUUACUGGCUACUAUGGCAGUCCCUUUACUACUAAUGGUAAGUUACACUCUUGGAAUAUGAUUGAAAAUACAUGUGCUACUAACUCUCUACCUUGGUUGAUCAUGGGUGACUGUAAUUUUGUGCUUCAUGAACAUGAGAAAUUCAGCCAACAUCCUAUUAAUCAAGCUGAAGCUGAUAUAUUCUUAAGAAAGAUUGAAGAAGCUCAUUUCUCUGAUUUGAGCUAUACUGAAUGCCCUUUCACCUGGACUAACAAAAGAACUGGUCCUCAUCUCACUGAGCAAAGAUUAGACAUAGGUCUACCUAAUGAAGCUUGGUUAGAUAUUCAACCCAACACCACUAUUUCAAACCUCACUGCCAUAGGUUCUGAUCACAACCUAAUCAUCAUCAAUACCAAUCCCAAUUGGAAACUAGGUCAAAUACCCUUCAAAUUCUUUGGCCCCUGGAUCAACCAUGAAGACUGCAAGAGUAUUAUAGUUGAAUGCUGGAAUACAGUUCAUAAAGGAUCUCUAUCCAUUAAAAUAGCCAGGAAACUUAGAGAUAUAAAAGUCAGACUGAAGCAGUGGAACAAAGAAGUUUAUGGCAAUAUCAAGCUAGGGGAUAGAAACACUGGAUACUUCCACAUUGCUAUUAAGAAAAGAUACAGAAGGAACAAGAUUGACUCCAUACAAAAAGAAGAUGGCACCUGGAUCCAAGACAAUGCUGAAAUCACCAAGACCUUCACUAAUCACUUUGCUAAUAUGGCUACUGCUGAAACCAUAACCAUUAAUCCAUUCAUUAUAAAGCUUAUCCCCACUACCAUUACUUUACAAGAGAACCAGAAUCUUCUCAGAACAGCUGAACCUCUGGAAAUUAAAAACAUUCUCUUUAGCAUGGCUGGAGACAAAGCCCCAGGUCCCAAUGGGUUCCCCAAAAAAAUUUUUCAAGCCAACUGGGAUAUUGUGGGAGAAGACAUCAUUCACAUGGUUGAAAAUUUCUUUACCUAUGGACAUAUCCUCAAAGAAAUGAACUCCACUUUCAUAUCUCUCAUUCCCAAAACUGAUAAGCCUACCACUCCAGCUCAAUUCAGACCCAUCUCUCUGUGCAACACCACCUACAAAAUCAUAUCUAAACUCAUUGCUCAAAGACUAAAACCCCUGCUACCUAAAAUCAUAUCUCCAUUUCAAUCUUCCUUCAUACAUGGAAGAAAAAUAUCUGACAACAUAGCCAUAGCCUAUGAAAUUAUCCACCACAUGAAUACCAGAAGAGGGAAAAAAGGGAGUAAUGGCACAGUAGGCAUAAAAAUAGACAUGGCAAAAGCCUUUGACAGAGUCAACUGGGAUUUUCUCCUUCAAGUUCUGUCCCAAAUGGGAUUCAGUUCUCAGUGGUUCAAUCUAAUACACCAAUGCAUUUCCACCACAAGCAUGGCUGUUCUUGUUAAUGGAUCUCCAGGCAAGUUUUUCAAACCCUCUAGAGGCCUAAGACAAGGGGAUCCCCUAUCCCCUUAUCUUUUUCUCUUCUGCAUGAAAGCCCUCUCCAGAUACCUGACUCAUGCUGAAACCCAACAACAAAUCCAUGGAAUCAAAAUAUGA